AUGAGUUCUGACCGAGAGGAGUAUGACAUGGUCUGUCAGAAAGCUGUGACCCUAAUUGUUGACCUUUGCCUGCACAACAGCUCACUGUUGGAUCAAGACACCUGUCAGGAUUACCUCUUCCUGUUGUCCAGCCACAGCUCUGACCGCAAAGAACUGGGCGCUUCUUUUGGCCUCCUCCUCUGUGUGUUUGUGGUCUGCGGCCUGGCUCUGCUGGGCCUUCUUACACUCAUCUCUUGGAAGCUGUGCUGUGUGCCUUGGCGAACUAAGGCCCGUUUCCCCAGUCCAUCCCUCACCCCGGCCUGUGACCCAGAGGACUGCCGGUUCCAGACGCCUCCCCUUCUGCCCAGCCCCCAGCAGCCACCGAUCACCAUGGCGACAGAGAAGGUGAAGGACCCCAUGGAUUCAAUGGGUUUCCUUGAGGCAGCAGUAAAGAUAAGCCGUACAUCUCCUGACAUACCCACCGAUGUGCAGCUCUCCAUGAGGGAGCACUUCCUCCGCCGCACGCAACGCAUGCAGAGGCAAACCACUGAGCCGGCUUCCUCCACUCGGCACAAUUCAUUCAAAAGACACCUGCCGAGGCAGAUGCAGGUAGGCAGUCUAGACCUGGGAAAUGACUACAUGGUUGACGAUGAAAAGUCAACCAGCAUCGGCCGCAUUCAGCCAGAGCUCUACCAACAGAAGGCCCUGGAAUCAGAGGAUUCAUCCAAGAACGGCAGCAGCAAAAACUGUGGCAAGAUUAACUUCUCUCUCAAGUACGACUACGAAAACGAGGCCCUCAUAGUCAACAUCCUCAGGGCAGCAGACCUACCUGCCAAGGACUUAUGUGGCACCUCUGACCCUUACGUGAAGGUCUACCUGCUGCCCGACCGCAAGAAGUUCCAGACUCGCGUACACCGGAAGACGCUCAACCCCUCAUUCAAUGAGAGCUUCCAGUUUCCUGUGCCUUAUGAAGAGCUGGCGAUCAGGAAACUCCAUAUGAGCGUCUUUGACUUUGACCGGUUUUCAAGGCAUGAUAUGAUCGGUGAGGUGGUGCUGGAAAACUUGUUUGAGACAUCGGACCUCUCCAGGGAGACGAACAUAUGGAGGGAAAUCCAAUAUGCCACCACUGAAAGUGUUGACCUUGGGGAGAUCAUGUUCUCACUAUGCUACCUGCCCACCGCAGGCAGACUCACACUUACUGUCAUCAAGUGCAGGAACCUCAAAGCCAUGGACAUCACUGGAUACUCAGAUCCCUACGUCAAGGUGUCGCUCAUAUGUGACGGGAGACGUUUGAAAAAGAAGAAGACAAGCAUAAAAAAGAACACUCUGAAUCCCACCUACAACGAGGCCAUCAUCUUUGACAUCCCGCCAGACAGUAUGGACCAUGUCAGCCUGCACAUCUCUGUCAUGGACUACGACUUGGUAGGUCAUAAUGAGAUCAUUGGUGUGAUGAGGGUUGGCUGCCAUGCAGAGGGACUUGGCAGGGACCACUGGAACGAAAUGCUGGCCUAUCCACGCAAGCCCAUUGCACACUGGCACCCCCUGCUGGAGUCCAAGAAGUCUGAGAAAGAGUGGAAGGCGAGGACAGCCAGCUUUGACAGCCAAGGCUCCUGCCCUUCACCCAGGCCCCCUGCUAGUCCCUGA